AUGGACUUUCUUACCCCUCUCAAACCCACGACGUCUGCGCCCAAGAUGCAGUCUGCGUCGGACGGCCCUCUUGUGUGGAUUGACUGUGAGAUGACGGGAUUGGAUCCGGACAAGGAAGAAAUCAUAGAGAUUUUUUGCAUAAUCACCACCGGAAACCUGGAAGUCAUUGACCCAGAGGGUUGGGGAUGCGUAGUGCACCAGACCGAAGAGCGCAUGGCACAGAUGGACGCCUGGUGCACCCGAACGCACCGGGACAGCGGCCUAACAGCGGCGGUCAUCAAGUCGACGACAACGCCGGAGCAGGCGGCGGAUGAGCUGCUCGCCUAUAUUAAGAAGUAUGUCCCGGAGCAGAAGACGGCACUGCUGGCAGGCAACAGCGUGCACGCGGACCGGUCGUUCCUCAACAAACCGCCGUACCGCAAGGUGAUUGACCAUCUCCAUCACCGCAUUCUCGAUGUCAGCUCGCUCAAGGAGGCGGCGAGACGGUGGUGCCCAUCACAGGUUGUGGAUGGCGCUCCUGUCAAGCAGGGGCUCCACCAGGCCAAGGAGGACAUUCUCGAGAGUAUCGACGAGGCCAAGUACUACAGAGAGGCCAUUUUCGGAUUAACAUGGAGACGGGGAGAUGCCAGCGUGCAGGAGACGCCCGUCAGCGAGCGGGAUGAGGAGGAAGCGUGGGCGGACAACUUGCUGUAG